AUAAUCAGCGGAGGUGAAGAAGAAGAAAAACCGAAGCCCACAAGUAAACUUGUUGAAUGACAACCAAACUAUAAACUUUUCCACAUUUUCAUCGCUGACGUUACUUCACCCCGCUGACAAGUCAACACACUUCGGCGUACAGCUGCGGCGUCUCCGGCAUUACUCUGCGCGGUUAGGAGCCAACGAAAAUGCGGGAUCGAACUAAAGAUUUGGGCAACAAAGGCAAUGCUUCAGACGAUGAGGAUGAGGGCAAAUCGCUGAUGAUCAAACCUGGAAGCUCCUCAGCCAAGGAGGAAAAGGACAAUGAGAGUUUCCUUAAAAAGGCACAAGAAAUCCACGAGGGUCUCUUCAGCCUGAAGAGAAUGGUGUGCGAUCUUGAGAACAAGCAGAAAACGGUUCUGGGCGUGGCGCUGCCAGAAGAGGGUAUGAAGAAAGAGCUGCAGACGCUACGAGACGAGAUCAAGACGCUGGCCAGUCAAGUCCACAAGAAACUGAAGAGCAUCGAGUCCAAGAAGGGAGACGACGAUAGCAAAUAUGUGUCCGUCAAUGCUCGCAUGCAGCGAACACAGCACGCCAUCCUGUCCAGGGAGUUUGUGGAACUAAUGGGCCACUGCAACACCAUCCAGGCACAGUACCGAGACCGCAACGUGGAGAGAAUACAGAGGCAACUCCGAAUUACUGGCACAAAAGUGACAGACGAGGAGCUUGAUUCAAUGCUGGAAAGCGGCCAGACAGACGUUUUCACGCAAAAUAUCCUGAGCGACGCCAAGGCGACCAAACAAGCACUGAACGAGAUCGAGUCACGGCACGACGAGAUCCUCAAGCUGGAACGAAGCAUCAGAGAUCUUCAUGACAUGUUUCAGUAUUUGGCCAUGGAGGUGGAGGCUCAGGGGGAGAUAGUGAACCAGAUUGAGCACAACAUCAAGCAGUCAUCCAACUAUGUGGAAAAGGCCAAGGACAACACAGAGAAAGCAGUCACGUAUCAGCAGAAAGCACGCAAGAAAAAGAUCUGGAUCGCAAUCUGCUUGGCCGUGGUCAUCAUCAUCCUCGCCAUCUCGCUGGCCGCCACCUUCUCCUGACGCAGACGGCCACCUGAAGCACUUUCUCCGGCUAAGCUGAGAAUGUGCCCAGCGCCUCACGUUUGCCUCUCUAAUAUAGUCGGCCUUCCCGGUGUCGCUCGUCCCUGUAAAAAAAUUUCAAUCCAUCAAGAGCAGGACUGUUAAACCCCCCCCCCCCCCCCCCCCUUCCCUGAAUCAGACUGGAGCCUGACCGGUGUUGAUCGAUCAGUACUCAGGAACUUUUUUUUUUUUUUAAUUGUACAUACUGUAAUGUAUGGUGCUGUUCACACAAACUUUUUAAAGCAAACUGCCUUAGUGUGUAAAUACAGAUGUUUGUACAUCCACCACCCCCUUUAAUAGCAUCACGGACCAGCUUUUGUAUUUCUCACUUGAACUUGGGACGUGUGAGGAGCACAUGAAAUUCUUCUUAAAUGUCUCAUUGUGCACUGAAACGGUCUAAACUUUUUUUUUUCCUUCCUCUGCUUAGUCAAACUCAAGAUGCAAUUGCAUUGAAACAAGUUGGGAGUUUCAUUUUGGGAAAAAAACCAAGUAUUGAAUUGUAUCACUGUUGCUUUGGUCUUAAAAUAAAAUGCUGCCAUCUUC